GGCGAGCCGUGCUUCUUUGCGGUUCGGGAGAAGCGCGGCACCUCGGGAUGCUUCCGAGCAGAUGGCAGCGGAGCUGGUAACUAACCGAACUGUGAAUUCUGGUAGAAGAUUAAUAGCUCUACCAACAUUUGUCCACUGUAGAAGAUGGGUGGAUUAAUUUCAAGAUGGAGGCAGGCAAAGCCUUCUACUGUAGAAGUAUUAGAAAAAAUUGAUAAGGAAAUACAGACAUUAGAAGAAUUUAGAGAAAAAAAUCAGAGACUACAGAAACUAUGGGUUGGAAGGCUGCUCUUCUACUCUUCACUUCUUUAUCUUGCCACCUGCUUAAUUGUGUAUUUGUGGUGUCUUCCUGAUGAAUGGACAGCAAGGUUUUUUAUGACACUUCCAUUUUUUGCAUUUCCUUUGAUAAUCUGGUUUAUAAGAACGCUGCUCAUUUUUUUCUUUUCCAAAAGGACAGAAAGGAAUAAUGAUGCGCUGGACGAUUUAAAAUCUCAAAAGAAAAAAAUUCUUGAGGAAGUGAUGGAGAAGGAAACAUACAAGACUGCUAAACUAAUUCUUGAAAGGUUUGAUCCAGAAUCAAAUGCAAAGGAGGCUGAACUGCCAUCUGCUGGAACAUCUGCAACCUCAAGACCUGGACAAGAAAUUCGUCAGAGGACUGCAGCACAAAGAAAUGCUUCUACACUCACACCUGCUACUCCUAAGCAAGGCUCUCCAAAAUCGCUUGUUUCGGCAACACCGUCUCCUAAUCAGCAGAGGGAUGCAUCUGCUCUUACUGGACCACCAGAAAGAACUGCUGUGCCACCCUUGCAGUCAAACGUUCUACCAAGACGCCCUGGAUCCCCAGCUACUUCAGUGCCUGGAAUGGGUCUUCAUCCUCCAGGCCCUCCUUUAGCGAGACCUAUUCUUCCUCGAGAAAGAGGAGUUAUGGAUAGAGUUAUUGAAUAUUUGGUUGGUGAUGGUCCUCAGAACAGGUAUGCCCUUAUAUGUCAGCAAUGUUGUUCUCACAAUGGUAUGGCUCUGAAGGAGGAGUUUGAAUAUAUAGCAUUUAGGUGUGCCUACUGCUUUUUCCUGAAUCCUGCAAGAAAAACGAGACCUCGGGCUCCACGGCUACCAGAUUUCAAUUUUGAAAAAAAGCAACUUCCAGAAUUGCAGUCGGAAACAGAGCGUCCAGAAUCAAGGGAGAGAGAACCGCAGGGGAAUCAGCAGACAGAAGAAUCUGAAGAAGCAGCUCAGCUCAUUGAGACAAAUGAGACAGAUGAGAAAGCACCAAGUGCUGAGCAGUUGAAUGAUAGUCUUGUUGAAGAAACUGAAAAAGAAGCAGCAGAAAAUAUUUCAACAACUGAAGACUCUGUUUCAGAUUCUGCUAUUUCAACUGAACAAAGUGAAGAAUCUUUAGUGAAAGCAGAAUAAAGUACUUCAAGUGCCUUCUGUAGCUAGUUUUUAGCUUUGUUCAUGCCUGUUGUUACUAUUCAGGUGAGCUUUUUUAAAUGGUACAACUUAAAAAUCUCGCUUGAGCUUGAAACUGCCUCAACUGCCACAAUAUGUCAAAGCUUUGUGUAAAAGUGGAUGUUGUAAAUUAAGCAUGUCUUUAAGUUAACUCACAGAAUGUAUAGUCGGUUGAAGUCUAACAGUCAUAGACAUAGUUCACUUUGCAUAUUUGAAAAACUAAACUUUUAAGUUUUAUUAAAGGUGACCUAUAACUUGGCAUCUAUUUAGCUGUUAACGAACAACUACUGGCCCACAGCUGAUCUAGUAAAUUUGGUCUAGUGAACUUAGAUACCUUUUCAUGUUUCCCUACUGAAGUAAAUUGAGUACAUCUUACAUACAGAUGUUUACAAACUAAAGUGUCAUCGGAUGUUUGACUUAAGCAUAUGAAAAGUGUCAUUACAGUAGGUUGUUGUUAUUCAUAGUUUAACUUUUUGACAGAAUUCAAUUAAAUGACACUCAAAAAUGGUAUCUCCUUUGGUAUUUGCAUUGCAGAUGAACCAGAGGCACAUACAUACAGAUCUGUUUUGUGUUUACAUAAAAUAUAGAAAGUCUCUGCACUUGAUUGUACUUGAAUACGAAGCACUAUUUAUACCUGUAAAAUAAUGACAAGAUAUAAGUGAAUCUUGUGCCUUUGUGUAUUUUGUUAAAGGAAAAUAAAGAUGUCUAGCAGCAAA